AUGGUGAGCAGCAGACACAUUCAUUGGGCCGAAGGAGGCGUUUCCAACUUCGAUGCAUACUUGCCUACCGCCCUAGUAGUACAUAUCUCCCUCACGAAGACGCUAUUGGAGAAGCAUGGCGAGACCAUUGUGGCGUAUGCCGGCUCGACGCGUCACAUAACGGACCUCCUGGAACUCACUGCCCAGGGCAGCGGACGUUUUCCCACACUAAAGCUGGACGAGGUGCUCGCACUGCCGGAGAUGAGGGACGGCGAGGGUGUCAUGUCGGACUACACGGUGGCGGGGUGGAGGCCCGCUGACGCGCUCCUGAAGCGCUUCGGCGGUGUCUGCUGGGUCAUAGAAAUGGACCACCUCGGCGUGCCGUUCUGUCGGGCCUACGCCGACGGUUUGCAGCGCGGCAAGGCCCGCUGCAGUGACUUUUUGCUUGGACUCGAUGAAGUUAUUGGCUGCGGCAAGCGCCACACGACGGCCGGCGAGGCCUUGGCUACGCUUGACCAGCACAGAGUCGACCCUGCUGACUACAAAUGCUACGUCGACAUACGAUAG